AGAUGUCUUUGAUAAACCUUUGGCAUCUGUCGCUCGUUUUUAUUGUGCAGAUUAAAGGUACGUCUGGAGAUUAACAAACACAAUGACCGCCGCAAACUGGGAUUCCAAUAAGGAGAUACAGUAUUUUCGUGAAUAUCUGCGGAUUCCAAGUGUGCAUCCCAACCCUAAUUAUGAGCCCUGUGUGGAGUUUCUGAAGCGUCAGGCUGAGGACCUGGAUUUACCUAUAAAGGUCUACUAUCCACUAAAUGAACAAAAUCCCGUGGUGGUUCUGACCUGGGAGGGUCUUGAAAACGAAUUGCCCAGUAUUCUGCUGAACUCCCACAUGGACGUAGUUCCCGUGUUCCCUGAAAACUGGACUCAUUCACCAUUUGCAGCUGAUAUCGAUGAGGAUGGACGUAUUUUUGCCAGGGGAUCACAAGAUAUGAAAUGUGUGGGAAUGCAGUAUCUGGCAGCCAUUAGGGCUUUAAAAAAGAGUGGAUCGAGAUUCAAGAGAACCAUUCACAUUUCCUUUGUGCCAGAUGAAGAAGUGGGAGGAAGAAAGGGAAUGUAUCCUUUUGUAACCUCAGAGGAUUUCAAGUCCUUAAACAUAGGCUUUUCCCUGGAUGAAGGAAUAGCUUCGCCCACUUCAGUGUUUCCAGUUUUCUACGCCGAGCGUACAGUCAAACGUAAGUGGAAGGGAAAUCUUUGGCAGGCUCUGAUGAAUUUAAGCAUUUUCCCAGGUGUAAUACUUAAAAUCAGUGGAUCGGCAGGACAUGGUUUGCUAUUGAUGCCAAAUACGGCGGGCGAGAAGUUGAGCUAUAUAACCGACAAAAUGAUGCAGUUCCGGGCGGGCCAAGUAAAGCGUUUGAAGGACAAUCCGGAACUGCAGGUCGGCGAUGUGACCACCAUCAACUUAACCACUGUGGAUGGCGGAGUGCAGAGCAAUGUGGUACCUCCUCUUCUAACCGUCUGCUUCGAUGUUCGGCUUUCUCUGGAUAUUGAUGUCGAAGAGUUCGAAGCAAAUCUGGCCAAAUGGUGCGAAGAGGCUGGCGGCGGGAUUGAGUUAGAGUUCAGUUCAAUUUGGAGAAAAGGACACAUUCCACCCACUGUCACGGACAAAACUAAUCCUUUCUGGGUGGCUUUCAAGAGAGCCACUGAUGAGUUAGGUCUGUCAACCAAACUUCAGGUCUUUCCCGGAGGCACUGAUAGUCGCUAUAUUCGCCAUGUGGGAAUCCCCGCCUUGGGCUUCUCUCCAAUGAAUAACACGCCAGUUCUUCUGCACGAUCACGAUGAAUUCCUCCACGCAGAAACCUACUUGCAAGGUGUGGAGAUAUACAAGAAAAUUAUUGUCAAUUUAGCCAAUGUUUAAGUUGUUAGGCUUCCGUUUUUACCAUUUUAAAUAAAUAUGGUUUGGUGCUGCCAGAUCUGCGAAUUAA